GCCAACAAGCUUGGAAAGCUUAUUCCAAAUUGGGAAGGCCCCUACCGGAUCUAUGAGGAAGUUAGAAACGACACCUAUCGCCUGGAAACCCUAAACGGCAGGCGCCUGCCUAGGACUUGGAAUGUAGACAAUUUGAAAAAGUACUACUUCUGAGUUGUAAAAUUUUGUAAGCAAGAAGUUUAUUAAUGAGAAAUCGCUUUUUGUUUUCAAUUAUGUUUUCCUUUUUCAAGUUUUAAGGCCGUCUGUGAAAUUCACAGGCGGCCCAAUUGGUGAAGUCUCUAAGUUUAAAACUUAAUAGACGAUUCAACGUUCAUUUUACAUGAGGCCACUGGCCGGAUAACUAAGGUAGGCCCAAUUGGUGAAGUCUCUAAGUUUCGUGGGUGGGGGAAGGGAGGGUGAGGUGUUUCGACAGGUGAGAGUGGUGGUCGGGGGGGAGGGGCGCAGUUUUUCGGCUGGGUGGGGGGUGUUUUCGGGUGGGGGAGGGUCGGUGGAAGGGGUGGGGGAGGGCCGGUGGUUUCGAAGGAGGGAAGUUUUUUUUUUUGGUUUUUUCUUUUUAAUUUAUUUUAUAUUUUUUAAUUUAAUUUAUUUUUGGACCAAUGAUAAGCUGACACAUGUUAUGAUGACCUCUUAUUAAAGGUUGUUGACUUCUGUUGACCGGUUUGGGAUUGAAGAAAAAGAAGACCCCCAAAAGUUCGAAUUAUUUCAGAAUAAUUUAAAGUUGGGAUUAUUGUACCAAAAUUGAUAAACGUUGGGAUUAUUUUAUCUAAUUUUUCCUUUAUAAUAAAAAAAAAACGGAUAUUUGUUGACAAAUAACACUAUCUAUACGGUAAGUCUAGACAAAAGUUCUAAACAAAUAAGACCUAAUUCCCAAAUGUAACCAAAUGAGUCCUUUCUUAUAAAAAAAAAUUAAUAAAAAAAAAAAAAUUGAGUCCUUUGAAGUUGGAAUUACGUAUUUGGGUGAAGAAUUAUACUCUCGGUUUCUUCCCCUUUUUCAUCACCAAACCAUAACCCGCUUAUCACCAUCUCGAAUUCUGAAUAAUAGUUUACAAAUUCAUGAAAUAUUUCUUCUCAGCUUCGUGAAAUAACCUAAGUUAAUCACUUUGAUUAAAUUAUUCUUUCUCAAAUAAUGUUGGGUGGUUUGUACGGCGAUCUUCCGCCGCCGUCGUCUUCUACGGAGGAUGAAAAACCCGCUAACCCGUCGGCUAGCGCUGUAUGGUCAAGCAGCGCAAAGAUGGCUCCUCCGACGCUUCGAAAGCCAGCGUUCACUACCCCGCCUUCUAUCAUCCGAUCUCAGGCGAUUAUCAGCAAGCCCAAACCAAUUAAAACCCUACCUGCGGAAGACCCUCCAUCAGAGGCCCUGCAACCGGCAUUGGUGGGGGUGACUUCAUCCGUAGUUGAGGAGUACGACCCAGUGAGACCCAAUGAUUACGAGGUGUAUAGAAGAGAGAAGAAGAGGCGAGCGCGGGAGGCGGAGCUGAAGCGGGAGCUCGAGAGGCGGCAGCAGGAGGAGGAGGAGAGAGAGAAGGAGAGGAGGGAGAGGGAUAAGGAUAAGGAUAGGGAUGAGAGGGAUAGUAAAGUGGGUAUUUCUGGGGAGGAGGCGUGGAGGCGGCGGACUGCAAUGAGUAGUAGUGGUGGUGGUGGGCAGCCGCCUGGUUCCCCGUCUCCUCCGGGUGGGAGUGUGGAUGGGUUUGCUAUUGGGAAAUCGGAUACAGUUGGAUUGGGUGUAGGGGCGGGAGGGCAAAUGACCGCGGCACAGAGAAUGAUGGCGAAAAUGGGGUGGAAGCAAGGCCAGGGUUUGGGGAAGUUGGAGCAAGGAAUAACUACUCCUUUGAUGGCCAUGAAAACUGAUAGGAGAGCUGGGGUUAUUGUCAAUGCUAGUGAAACUAAGCAGCAGCAGCAGCAGCAAGAGAAGAAGGUAAAGAGUGUCAACUUUAACGGGCCGCCUACCCGAGUUUUACUUCUGAGAAACAUGGUUGGUCCUGGUGAGGUAGAUGAUGAAUUGGAAGAAGAAGUAGGAUCGGAGUGUGCAAAGUACGGAACAGUUACUCGGGUGCUUAUAUUCGAAAUCACGGAGUCCAACUUCCCAUCUGAUGAAGCUGUGAGAAUUUUUGUGCAGUUUGAGAGAUCAGAGGAAACAACCAAGGCUUUAGUUGACCUUGAUGGCAGGUUUUUUGGAGGGCGAGUUGUACGUGCCACAUUUUAUGAUGAAGAGAAAUUCGGCAAAAAUGAAUUAGCUCCGUUACCAGGAGAGGUUCCUGGAUUUUAAGGAUUUCGCAAGUGUAGGCUGGUCCAGAAGGUGCACACUAAUUUAUCAACUUUUUGUAAUUUGUCAAAAUAGGCUGUUUCUUGUGUAAAAAAAAAAAAAAAAAAAAAAAAAAAAAA